CCGAUAGCUGAUAACUAAGACAGUUUGUUAAAGUAGUUUAUUCUUGCGGAUACCAUUUGGCCUCUCCUUCUCGGUUCACAGGUGAGUUCGUUCAUAGAACAGAUUCGUGAACCUCUCGUUUACUUGUUUUUUUGUUUUGUUUUUGAUUUUUUUUAUUUCCAGGUCUACCCACCGCCCCUUGAUUAACGGUGACCCUAAUAUUCUUCAACCUGGGGGGUCGAUCGAUCCAUCACACAAAAUAUUGAAUAUAAUUAAUUACCGUACGAUUGGUAAGAAUCUGUUGGGCGAUUUUUAUGGCUCAGGGGAAACUUUGAUCCAUUUUAAAAAACAUGACAAAACUCUCGCGCAUUUACGAGCGCUAGUGAAGCAGAUUGCAAACAGAUGCAGUCGUUCACAGUUGUUUGAAAGAUAAUAAAGAAGGCGAGACAUUGAUUGUUCAAACUUCUUUAGGUUAAUUUAAAACAAGGGGUUGGGGUGUGUUUUAUUUUAACUUCAACUUUUGCCGCAAUCAUUCAGAAUUAAAGAACUGAUUAAUUUUUUACGAACGAAAUGACGUUCGAAAAUGAAAAACAAUAAAAGGGAUGUGAAUAAUAAGCAUAAAGAUAAGUAUUAGAGAACAUGACCUGUGAUCACAGUAUCAGAUGUAUGAGUUAUGUUUUGAAAUGAAGGUUAUUCAUGUUCAAACAAAGUCUGUCUUUUUGUUUUAUUUUCUGAAAAUUGGAACGCAAAAAGUUUUGGAUCUUUAACUAAAACCUUUUCGUUUUUUAACAGGAAAACAGCAAAAUCCGCCUGAAGCACUUUGAUAAAAUGGUUAGUUCUGUAAACUAACUGGCAUCCUGGAUGGAAACCUUACCUUUGAUAUUCUUGCAAACGAAAAAACAAGACCGUUUUUGCGACAAAUCGAAGUCGCUUCUCAGCAACCUUGCCCGUUGUUGUUUUGUUCUUCUUCUCCUGUGGCUGAUUAUAGGGACGGUUCUUUACUUCCUGCGUGCCUACGAUUGCUGUUUAAGGGAUCGACACGCAACAUUUAGUUGCUCAAAUUUUACAAAAAUUCCUCACUCUAAAGAACUUGAACUGACAUGGCUGGUCUCCCAGGACAUAAGCAUUGGCUUGACAGCAUUUGCCCUGAGAAAAGUGCCUGAAUUUAUGGGAUUUCGCGCAAUAUUGAAGAAAGCCGUCCGAAUGCCAGCAUUUUGGAGUCUGAUGGCAUUGCAUGCAAUGCAGAUCGUGGGAUUUACAAUAAUUAUGUAUUUUAACAAAUUAACUCAUAUACAAGUAUGUCUCGUAGCUGCGUUUUGCAUGCACGGAUUAGCACUCCUUGCAAUCCUUUUCGUGCUAAAUUUUACGCCGAUAAAUCGAAUUAGACGAAGGCGUAACUACUUUGUUUUUAUACUCCUCAAAUUCACGUUACUGGUAUUUUUCGUGCAAACUUCUACAAUCUUUGUAGUUGGAUCCCUUCAGUUUACUUUUAAAGUCACUGGUUUAGAUGAGGUGGGACGAUCAGCUAAUUUCGUGACGAUUUUUCGAAAACUUCGAGAAUUUCCACAAGUUAUUUUCUUCUACAGGACAGCAACUUUCUUCUGGCACAAGUUCUUUUUGGAUAGUAGAAAUAUACUCAGCCAUUUUCAAAUGCUGAAGUCAAGGAAUGAUAUUUCGAAUAGAUUUCAUGAAUAA